ACUUUAUUCCUGCGUUGUUUGGGGACAGUAGGAAGAUGGCGGCGGCCCAGCUGUACUGUGUCUGCCGGCAGUCUUAUGAUGUGAGCCGGUUUAUGAUCGAAUGCGACCUCUGUAACGACUGGUUUCAUGGCAGCUGUGUCCAGGUGGAGGAGCACCAUGCGGUGGACAUUGACGUUUACCACUGUCCUAACUGUGAACCCCAACACGGACCCUCCUUGAUGAAAAAGCGCAACAACUGGCACAGGCAUGACUACACCGAGCAGGACGAUGGUACCAAGCCAGUGCAGGCUGGCACCUCUGUGUUUGUCAAGGAGCUCCAGAACAGGACCUUUGCCAGUGGGGAUGAGAUCCUGCAGUGGAUGCCUGGGGAGCAGGUGACCCAGAGGCACCUGGAAAGUCACGGCUGGCUGUACCCCAUCGCUGUGUCCAACAUGGAGGGACUGGGACUCAGGCUGCCUCAACCAUCUUUCUCUGUCAAAGAUGUGGAGCAAGUUGUUGGCGGUGACAAAGUCAUUGACGUCAUCGACGUGGCCAGGCAAGCAGACAGCAAGAUGAAGCUGAAAGAGUUUAUCAAGUAUUACUACAAGCCUCAUCGGCCCAAGGUGCUCAACGUUAUCAGCCUGGAGUUCUCUGACACCAAGAUGGCAGAUCAGGUGGUGGUACCUGACGUAGCUCAGAACAUGUCCUGGGUGGAGAACUACUGGCCAGAUGACUCCUUCUUCCCCAAGCCAUUUGUCCAGAAGUACUGCCUCAUGGGGGUCAAGAACAGCUACACUGACUUCCACAUAGACUUCGGGGGCACCUCUGUGUGGUACCACGUUCUCUGGGGUGAGAAGAUAUUCUACAUGAUCAAGCCGACCCAGGCCAACCUUGCACUAUACGAGGCGUGGAGCUCCUCUCCCAACCAGAGUGAGGUGUUCUUCGGGGACAAGGUGGACAAGUGCUACAAGUGUGUUGUGCAGCAAGGAACCACGCUGCUCAUCCCCACAGGAUGGAUCCAUGCCGUCCUCACGUCUCAGGAUUGCAUGGCGUUCGGAGGCAACUUCCUCCACAACCUCAACAUUGACAUGCAGCUCAGGUGUUACGAGAUGGAGCGUCGUCUGAAGACUCCAGACCUCUUCAAGUUUCCCUACUUUGAGGCUAUCUGCUGGUAUGUGGCCAAGAACCUGCUGGAGACCCUGAAAGAGUUGCGAGAAGACAACUGCCCUCCCCAGACCUACCUAGUGGAGGGAGUGAAAUCUUUAAUCAGUCCACUGAAAACCUGGCUGAAGAGAGAGGUUACGGAGCCCACCAGCGAGGUCCCGGACCAUAUCAGGCCCAACCGUCUCAUUAAAGAGCUGACCAAGGAAAUCCGCUACCUGGAGGAAGACCAGGGCAGCAGUGGUGGCACCAACAAGCCAGUGAAAUCUCAGGGAAGCGGUGGAGGCCAGCGUCUGGCCACGCGCUCCACGCUGGAGAGGGUGUGCCCGGCCCGUCAGGCGCGGCGGGCAGCCCGGAGGCUCCGGGAGCAACAGGAGCAGGGCCCUAAGGUUCCCUCUAACCUGGAGAUCCUGGAGCUGCACACCAGAGAGGUACUCAGGAGGCUGGAGGUGGGCCCUCUGGAGGAGGACCCUACCUUCUGUCCCCCGGUGCAUGGGAAGUUCAACAUGGUGUCCACUGCCUCUGCCGCUGCUGCUGAGAACCCAGACACACACCUGCGUCUCACGCUGCACAACGGACGGAUCAUCCGAGACGCGAGGAGACCAGGUAGUAGCACGGCUAGCAGCCCAGUGAAGGCGGGGAGUGAGAAGUCGUCUGUGGGCCAGCUGAAGAGCAGAGAGGAGAUGAAGACUGAGUCAGACCAGGAAUGGCAGCACAGCACUAUGGGAGGAGAGGAGGAACCAGGACACCUCUGGGGUAUUGAGAGGGUUAAGACUGAACUCAGGGAAGAAGCCUCAGGACACUCCGACGUGUCGGACAUGGACUCGGACAGUGAUUCCAACACACAGCAAAACACCUCUUCUGAGGAAGAUUCAGGAAGCUCCCAGAGUGGUGAUGAUGAUGAAGAGAGGGGCUCAUCCCAGAGGGCCGCGGGGCACACCAUAGAGCUAGACCAGACAGACCUGAACCUCCGGCACAAACACAAGCCACUCAAAAGAGAAUGUCCUACCUCACCCAGCACAGAGGAGGCCAUUCAAGGCAUGCUGUCCAUGGCUGGCCUGCUGUGCCCCUCCAAGCCAGACGAGGCCGCCACUUCCCAGGAGCCGUGGUGGUCCAGCCCGAGCCGAGGCUCGCCGGAACACCGAGAGCAGCACCAGCGUCGUGUGGCCGGGGACAAGAGCCCCAUGGACAGCCAGGGCAACAGCAGCAGCGAGGCCUGGGACAAUCGGGGGCCCCUCUCCCUUGGGGCUCUGAGCCACGACGCCAGCCCAGAGGCCGACAACUACCAGUACUGUGAUCCCUCUCUGUCUCCCCCUCUACACCCCUCCAAAAGACACGCCUCCAACUCCCCUCCUGUCAGCAACCAGGCCACGAAAGGCAAGCGGCCCAAGAAAGGAAUGGCCACGGCCAAGCAGAGACUGGGGAAGAUCCUGAAGAUGAACCGACACAAUGGCGUCUUUGUAUAGAGCUCUGAGGGCCACAGGCAAAGCUAAAGGAGGGUAACGGUCACCUGUCCUCACAUCCAGAUUAUUCUGUACAUUUAGUCGACACACCUUUUUGUCCUGGAGAAAUCACUCCCUGGGGAAAGGGCCCAUCUGAGAGACUUGUUGUCAGACACACAAACAGGCUUACUGUGCAUGCUUAGGACAACAGGGUAUUGGAUUCACAUGAGCAAGCUACCAAUCAAGCGCACAGCUUCACUGCAAGCACGCUAAAACGUAAUGGAGAAGAAGGGGGGGAAAAAGCAUGUUGAUUACUCAACUUCAGGGAAACUUAGAGAGUUCCAGUGGGCAUUAAUGUGCUAUGGGGAAAUGUUAGAUGUCCGGAUGAGGUAGGAAUGAGGUCUACAGUACAUCGCAACAUUGAAGACAAUUCUUCAGCCAAUGUUAAUGACGCACAUAAGCCAAUGAAGGCUGUGUGAUGUCCCACCAUCUGCAUCUCCCAGCGCUGCCUUCCUUGAAUAUCUGCAGCACUAUGAACUGGAUGAGACCCAGGACAAGAUGGAAGUUGGGAUAGACAGGCUGGCUUUCCACAGACUGGCAUUGACCCACCUGGCUCCGUGUCUGGGCUCUCUCUAGCAGGGUCCUUUUUGGCCCUGAGGGAAAAAAGUGCUAAGCUAAUUUUUCGAAAUGGUGCUUAAUGUUUGUACGUCCUCCAUGCUCCCAACUCCCCUUAUCUCAAUCACACCAGCAAUAAUGACGUUGAGUAGAGGAGAAAUAAGUUUUGAGAGGCAGCACUCUCUUGGUUAGCAUUCCCUGCCACAUUGUCAUUCAUCUAUUUAAAGAUGAUUGCCUAAUGUAUCAUUGCACUGUUUAUUUUUAUUUUUUUGGGGGGGGGGGGUAAAAACCCAUCAGGUCUAAAACAAUGACAUUUUAACCUGUCUGCAUUAGUUCAUCAUAAGUUUCUCUAUUUGAAUUUCACAUGUUUUAAUGCUUGCUAGGUAAUACGAAAGCCAUACUCCACUAUAUAGAAUCGAUGUGAUUUUGCUGCCCUCUGAUGGUCAAAGGGAGACUAACACAGAGUGCUGCCUCAAUAAGAAAUGUUUUAUAGUUUAAGUUGUUUACUUGGUUGAAAAACAACUUGUAUAAUAUCCUGCUUAAUUUAUUUCAAGUGAUUUUAAUGUUAUUUUUUAUGGAUUCUGAAUUAUGUAUUUAUUAAUUGAAAGAGGUGAAGAAUUUUAUUAUAUUUUGGCCGUAAACCUCGAUCUUCUUCUAAAGGGGUUUAUUUUUGUUCUCUCUUAAGCUUAUUGUAUGUGGACAUUUUAGACUUCAUGUGGUCAUGAUAUAUUGUGUAGGUCAGUAAGAUAAUUCCUAACUAAAACUUUUUUUUCUCCACUUC